UUCAUAACAGGGGAAGCCCAUCUCUCUCUUUGCGGUCAAUUCCUUGGAAGAAUGGACUCUUUCUCUUUGUCUUUCUCUUUCUCUCUCACUCAUACAAAAAAAACAAAAAAACCAAAGCUAACCCCUUUUAAUAGCACCCUUAAACCUGCUUACCUUGUAAUACAUUGGGGUUGUGUUCUUUGCAUUAGUAACCACCAAGAAAGAAGCCAAAAAUGUCGGGUUUUGAAGAACAGCUUUCUCUUGCCCAUCCUGACCCUCUUGUCUUAGAGCUCAAUAGAUUGCAUAACCAACUCAAAGAAAAGGAUAGGGAGUUGGGACAUGCUCAUAACGAAAUCAAAGCAUUGAGAGCAACUGAAUUCCUGAAGGAUAAGGCUGUGGAAGAGCUUACAAAUGAACUUAAUAAAUUGGAUGAGAAGCUGAGUCUCUCUGAAGAUCUUAUAGAGCAAAAGAAACUUGAAAACAAGAGACUAACUGAUGAGAAGAAAGAUGCAUUUGCUGCACAAUAUGCUGCAGAAGCAACUCUUAGAAGGGUGUAUGCAGAGCAGAAGGAUGAUGAUCCUGUUCCUAUUGAGUCCGUAAUUGCUCCUCUUGAGGCUGAAAUCAAAAUGUACAAGAACGAGAUUGCAGCACUACAGGAAGAUAAGAAAGCUUCUGAAUGGCUCACAAAGUCGAAAGAAGCAGCUUUGCUUGAAGCAGAGAGGAUUCUGAGAAGUGCUCUUGAAAGGGCUUUGAUAGUAGAGGAGGUUCAGAAUCAAAACUUUGAGCUGAGGAGACAGAUUGAGAUUUGCCAGGAGGAGAACAGAAUUCUUGAAAAAACCAAUCGUCAAAAGGUUUUAGAGGUUGAAAAGUUGAGCCAAACCAUUAAGGAACUUGAGGAGGCCAUUUUGGCUGGUGGGGCAGCUGCAAAUGCAAUUCGUGACUACCAGCGACAGAUUUCUGAACUAAAUGAGGAGAAGAGGACUCUGGAGAGAGAACUAGCAAGGGUUAAAGUUUCUGCUAAUCGAGUUGCCACUGUCGUGGCUAAUGAAUGGAAGGAUGAGAAUGACAAAGUUAUGCCUGUCAAACAAUGGCUGGAAGAGAGAAGGCUGUUGCAGGCAGAGAUGCAACGUCUUAGAGACAAACUAGCUAUAUCAGAAAGAACAGCUAAGGCAGAAGCACAACUCAAGGAAAAACUGAAGUUGCGGCUAAAGACCUUAGAAGAAGGCUUAAAGCAUGUGUCAAGCUUAUCUGUCAAUCCUAAUGCAUUUUGUGCAUCACCAAAACCUGAAAAAUCCAACAUCUUCUUUGGGAUCCUAUCAAAUAAAAGCGGACUAAAGAAGAGGUCUACAUCACAGCCAAGGGCUUCCAUGAUGAGUAACAAAUCUCCUCUGCAGCAACCCAAUGUAGAAAAUGAAACAAAAGAUGCUGGUAGAGAACUGAAACGAGUAAAUAGCUUGAAUAAGAAAAAUGCUUCCAAAGAAAAUCUGCUGAGAAAAAGUUUAUGGGCAUCUAGAAGUAAAGUGGUUGACAGUGAUGAGAAAGAGAAUACAGAAAUGAAAGGGAACACUAUCGUGAAUCUUGAUAGGUUUCAUGACAAUGAAACCAAAGGUGGCAGCAUUGAAGGGUCACAAAAUCUAGGAAGUGGAAAUCCUGAUAGAGAUGAUAUAGUGUCAGGGUUUCUGUAUGAUAGGCUUCAGAAAGAGGUCCUCAGUUUGAGAAAGUAUUGUGAGGUGAAAGACAACAGUUUGAAAACCAAAGAUGAAGAAAUCAAGAUGCUCAUGAAGAAGGUCGACACACUGACAAAAGCAAUAGAAGUAGAGACUAAGAAAAUGAAAAGAGAAGCAGCGAUGCGGGAAAAAGAUUCAUUGUCAACUAAGGUAGACAACAACAAAAAGAGUGAAAAAACAAACUCCUCAAAAAGGCUCACAAAAGCAUCUUGAGGAUACUAUCGGUCAUGAAAAGCUGAAGGUGAUCUGGAAAUCAGUUGGUUCAUCAACCAUGUUCAGUGAUUCUUUGGAUGUAUAUAUGUGAAUAAAAUUUGAUUUGAGUGAUGAGCUAAGUCAAAAUAUUGUUGUGGUAUGUUAUGAAAAUGGAAAUGAGCUUGUAAGUUGUAACAUCUUGAGGGUGUGUUCAUUACAGUCAUGUUACGAAGAUUUCACAUGGAUGAUAUUCAAUACAAUGUUUAAUUGCUUAUGUUUUU